CGCUAAAGGUUAGAGCUAACGGUCAGAGCUAAAGGUCAGCGCUAAAGGUCAGAGCUAAAGGUCAGCGCUAAAGGUCAGAGCUAAAGGUUAGAGCUAAAGGUUAGAGCUAAAGGUCAGUGCUAAAGGUCAGAGCUAAAGGUUAGAGCUAAAGGUCAGCGCUAAAGGUCAGUGCUAAAGGUCAGUGCUAAAGGUUAGAGCUAAAGGUCAGCGCUAAAGGCCAGAGCUAAAGGUUAGAGCUAAAGGUCAGAGCUAAAGGUUAGAGCUAAAGGUUAGAGCUAAAGGUCAGUGCUAAAGGUCAGAGCUAAAGGUUAGAGCUAAAGGUCAGUGCUAAAGGUCAGAGCUAAAGGUUAGAGCUAAAGGUUAGAGCUAAAGGUCAGAGCUAAAGGUUAGAGCUAAAGGUUAGAGCUAAAGGUCAGAGUUAAAGGUCAGAGCUAAAGGUCAGAGCUAAAGGAGGAACGACUCUGUUUCCCGGUUCUGGUCGGACUUGCUGCUGUUGGACCACAACCUGAGUCCGGUUCAGUUUGGUCAGACUCCUGGCUGGACCCACAGCUCCUCCUGGUGGCCAAGGUCAGAGGUUCUGGUCUGGUUCUGAGCUGCCGGUUCCGGUCCAGAGGAGACAAUAGAGGAUCAAUAAAGAGCAGAGGCCACUGGUUCUGUGUCAAACCCGGACCGGACCGCUUGGAUCGCAGCCGUCAAAUCCAGUCGCUGUUUAGAUGAGCCUCAGGUACAAAACUGGAAUCAAACGGUUUCAUUUCCUCCUCCUGGUGUGGAUCGGUUCUCCAGAACCUUCAUGACCUCAUUAUUCUGUUCAGGUGAAGCAGCAGAGGCUCAUCUAAGCGUUUCAGAACACCGGGCCUCCAGGACUGGACUUUGACCUCCUGGUUUAGGUUCUGCAGAACCUCCUGGGCGGCGCCCCCUGCAGGAGGACAGAGGCUCAGAACCAAACCCCCCUCCAUCGGGUCAGAUGGUACAGCCUGGCCCCACAUGGUGCUGAAUGAAUGGAGGCAGGCAGUGUGUGUGUGUGUGUGUGUGUGUGUGUGUGUGUGUGUGUGUGUGUGUGUUGGGGGCAGUCUCUGCAGAAACACAUUCCUCUGAGCUGCUUCCUCUCUCCCAGUUAACAGUUCAGCUCCACUUGUGUCUCUGAAACUCCAGUUCUGGUCCAGUUCUGUUUCGGUUCUGGUUCAGCUGCAGUUGAGCUUCAUUCUGGCUGCUGGACCGCCGGGUUCUGGUGAAGAUGAAGGUUCUGCUGCUGCUGAUGGUGGUUCUGAUGGAGCGGGCUGCAGCUCAGCACAGAGGCCUGUUCCCGGCCAUCUUCAACCUGGCCAGUAACGCAGAGAUCAGCAGCAACGCCACCUGUGGGGACCCAGAACCAGAGGUGUACUGCAAGCUGGUGGAACACGUUCCGGGUCGUAGAAUCAAGAACCCACACUGCCCCAGAUGUGACGCCAACUCUAUCCUCACUAAAGAGCGUCAUCCAAUCACGAACGCUAUUGAUGGAACCAAUCAGUGGUGGCAGAGUCCGAGCAUCAAGAACGGCCGUCAGUUUCACUGGGUCACCAUCACCCUGGACCUGAACCAGAUAUUUCAGGUUGCUUACAUCAUCAUCAAAGCAGCCAAUUCUCCACGACCAGGUAACUGGAUCCUUGAACGCUCUCUGGAUGGUGUGACCUUUGACCCCUGGCAGUACUACGCUAUCAGUGACUCGGAGUGUUUGCAUCGCUACAACAUCACACCGAGAUUUGGACCGCCGACCUACAAGACCGACACCGAGGUCAUCUGUACGUCCUACUACUCCAGACUGAACCCACUGGAGCACGGAGAGAUCCACACCUCUCUGAUCAACGGUCGUCCUGGAGCAGAUGAUUUGACCCCUGACCUCUUGAACUUUACAUCGGCUCGUUACAUCAGAGUGAGGCUUCAGAGAAUCAGAACGCUGAAUGCUGAUCUGAUGACGCUGAGCGUCCACGACCCGCGGGACGUCGACCCCAUCGUGACCCGGAGGUAUUUUUACUCCAUCAAGGACAUCUCUGUAGGCGGGAUGUGCAUCUGCUACGGACAUGCCCAGAGCUGCCCGCUGGACCCGGUUACCAAGAAACUGAAGUGUGUGUGUGAGCACAACACCUGUGGGGAAAACUGUAACGAGUGUUGCCCUGGUUACCAUCAGCUGCCAUGGCAACCAGGAACCCUCUCUGAAGGAAACACCUGUGAAAAGUGUAACUGUCACAACAAAGCCAGCGACUGUUUCUACAACCAGACCGUCUCUGACCUCGGCCUCAGCCUAAACCGUCAUGGCGUCCGCCAGGGGGGCGGAGUCUGUAUCGACUGCCAGCAAAACACAACUGGGACCAACUGUGAGAACUGCAGGGACGGAUACUACAGACCGGCCGAGGCGUCUCCGUACUCUGACUUUCCCUGUGUGGAGUGCAGCUGCGACCUGAGAGGAUCCAGAUCAUCGGUUUGCCGCAGAGACAACACAGAACCAGGUGUGUCCGCGGGUCAGUGCCAGUGUAAGAACGGGUUCUCGGGUCGGCGCUGUGACCGCUGUGCGUUCGGGUUCAGGGAUUUUCCCGCCUGCGCUCGCUGUGAGUGCAACCUGGCAGGAAGCACCAACAGCGACCCGUGCAGCUCCUGCACCUGCAAGGUGAACGUGAUGGGGGUUCGCUGUGAUCAGUGCAAACCGGGCUUUUACAACCUGCAGCAGCAGAACCCUCUGGGCUGCACCGACUGUUUCUGCUUUGGUGUUUCUGAUGUCUGUCAGAGUUCUGAUUGGUCCGUCACGCAGGUGGUUCUUUCAGACGCUGUCCUCCGACCUUCUGACCCCAUCCAAGCUGCUCUGGAUGUCCAUGGAAACGACCUUGGCAUCCCCAGCAAUGCGUCCUCCACCGUCGCACACAAACACAGGCUGGUAUGGGCGGCGCCCCACCGUUUCCUUGGCAACAAGCUGGUGUCCUUCGGGGGACGGCUCGUCUCCUCUGUGGUUUACGACGUCGCCCCGGACAACCGGGACCAGACCCUACCUGUUCUCACUGAUGUCAUCAUGCAGGGUAACAGCCAGACUCUUCGUCUCUCGCCUCCUCUGCUCCUCUUCCUCUCGCCGCUGGCAAAGCAACCCGUCGCCAUGGAGAUUUACCCGGACCGGUUCGUAGACGACCGAACCGGAGGCCCGGUAACACGACACGACCUGCUGCUGGUUCUGACAGACCUGACCCGCCUGUCUGUCCGGGUCCAUCUGAACACUUCCACUGAAGGACCGAUACGGCUCGGUUCGGUCUCUUUGUAUGUCGCCAGUUCUGGCUCAGGUUCUGGAGUUCGGGCGGUCGCCGUGGAGACGUGUGAAUGUCCAGCCGGUUACAGUGGAACCUCCUGUGAGUCAUGCCUCCCAGGGUUCUACCGGGUCGGGGCGGUUCUGUUCGGAGGGAAUUGCAUGCAGUGUGAGUGCGGCGGCCGCUCCGCCCACUGUGACAUCACUGGAGUCUGUCAGGGCUGCAGCCACAACACCACCGGCCCCCACUGUGAACUCUGCCUUCCUGGUUUCUAUGGCGACCCGACCAACGGCGACUGCCGGCUCUGUCCGUGUCCUCUAACGGAGCCGUCCAACAGUUUCAGUCCUACCUGUGUGGUGGAGUCGUCGGGUCAGGUGUCAUGUGACCGGUGCCAGCCCGGCUACGCGGGGUCAAACUGUGAGAGGUGUGCCAGUGGUUUCUACGGUAACCCGCAGGUGGUGGGCGGGGCAUGUGUUAGCUGUGAAUGUAACGGUAACGUUAACGUGAGCGAGGCUGGUUACUGCGACGCUGUGACCGGGGAGUGUCUGCGUUGCCUUGACAACACAGCAGGAAAACACUGCGAGGCAUGCCGUCCUGGUUACUAUGGCGACGCAGUCAUCGCCAAGGACUGCAAAGACUGCGGCUGUGAUGUCAACGGCUCUUCCUCCAGUGUUUGUGACAUCACAACAGGUCAGUGUGUGUGCCGAGAGAAUGUGACGGGACGCACCUGUGACCGCUGCCAGUCGGGGUUCUUCGGACUGCAGAGUGGGCGUGGCUGUCUGCCCUGCGGCUGCAGCCAAUCAGGAUCUGUCUCUGAGUCAUGUGACCAGGAUGGGCGGUGCCGUUGCACCGAGGGCGUAGCUGGAGACAAGUGUGAUCGUUGUAGUCAUGGUUACUACGGUUACCAUGGCAGAAACUGCACAGCAUGCAUCUGUGAUCACACCGGGGGAAACUGUGACAACGACAGCGGAGAGUGCACCUGCCCCCCUAACACAGAGGGAGACACCUGCCACAGGUGUGAGACAGGCUACUGGGGUCACGACCUCAGCACAGGGUGCAAGCCGUGCAGCUGCAGCGCAGCAGGAAGCUCCGCCCCCCGGUGCCACCUGCUCAGUGGAGAGUGUCCCUGCAGGGACGGUUUCUCUGGCAGAUCAUGUGACCGCUGUGCACCUGGUUACUAUGGUUACCCAGCAUGCUCAGCGUGCGACUGCGACUUGGCAGGAACCAACGAGACGUUCUGCAAUAAAACGCUCGGCGUGUGUGAGUGCAGAAGGUCUGGAGAGUGUGUGUGCAAGGCUGGCGUGUCGGGUCGGCGCUGUGAGGAGUGUGUUUCUGGCUGGUUCGCUCUGUCCGACCAGAACCCCAACGGAUGUUCUGACUGUUUCUGUUCUGGACUCAGCAAAGACUGUGAGGAGCAGGGAGGGCUGACCCGAGUCCCUGUCGGUCUGGGUCCUGUUCUGUCAUUGGUCAGCCUGUCCAGUCAGCAGAGUGUAGUAUCUGGAGUCUACCAGCAGGGCGGCGACAUGCUGCUCGACACGCGCCAGUUAAACAGUAGUGGGUUCGCUGGCCCCCUCUACUGGAGGCUUCCCCCCCAGACUGAAGGCAACCAGCUGAUGUCAUACGGCGGCCUGCUCUCUUACAUCAUCACUUUCUACGCUGAGGACGGCUCAGGACUGUCCAAUCAGGAGCCUCAGGUGCUCAUGAGGGGCGGGACCCUGAGGAAACACACCAUAUUCACUGAUGUGGUUGCCCCUAGCAACUGCAUCGUCACUCAGCACAACAUCAGGCUGACGGAGCAUACGUGGAAAUAUUUCAACUCGGUGUCUCAGAGGGCAGUGACCCGGGCGGACUUUAUGUCCGUCCUCAGUAAUGUCCAGGACAUCCUCAUAAAGGCCUCGUAUGGAACUGAGCUCCAGCAGAGCAGGAUUUCUAACGUCACCAUGGAGACGGCUGUGAGGGCGGAGUCAGACUCCUCCCAGGAAAAGGCCAGACUUAUCGAGUCAUGUCUCUGUCCACCAGGAUACAGCGGCCUGUCCUGUCAGGUCUGUUCGGCGGGUUUCUUCCGCCAGCCUCAGUCAGAACUUCCUGCUCAGAGUCUGAAGACCAUGACGGUGCGUCCAUGUCUUCCAUGUCGCUGCAACAACCACAGUGUGACUUGUGACCCGGAGACAGGAGACUGUCAGGACUGCCAGCAUCACACCAGCGGGCGGCGAUGUGACGUCUGCUCCCCGGGUUACUAUGGAAACGUCAGCGGCUCCAUCAGUGACUGCUCUCCGUGUGCCUGCCCCCUGGUGGAGAACAGUUUCAGUUCCUCCUGCGUUUCAGCCGCCGGAGGUUUCCGCUGCACUUCCUGUCUGACAGGAUAUGAAGGCAGACGCUGUGAGAGGUGCUCUCCUGGUUACCAUGGUAACCCCACCACGCCAGGCGGGCUCUGUCUGCCGUGCGGCUGCAGCAGGUGGGGCUCCCUCCAUCAGGUGUGUGAUGACCUCACAGGACGCUGCCAGUGCAAGCCUGGGGUCAGAGGUCGGUCAUGUGACCAGUGUGAGGAGCGCCACGCCCUGCAGCAAGAACAGUGUGUGUCGUGUGACGAUGGCUGCAGCGCCGUUCUCCUUGACGACCUGGACCGCCUUAACGACCACUUCCUGUCUGUCAACCUGAGCGCUGUCGCCAUGGCGCCGUACCGCCAGCUGGUGCUGCUGGAGAACCGGACCAAAGACUUCAAGGUGAGCGUUUCUCCAAACAGAACUGGAGCGUCUCACCUGUCCAGACUGGAUGAGGACUUGCAUCACCUGACCUUUGACCUCAGCGCUUUGCAGCAGCAGGUGACACGUCUGUCUGGGAGCCUCAGGGAUUUUCUCACCUCCACCAACAACAGCUGGUCCCUCAGUGAGCUGCUGCUGCAGAGAGUCAGCAGCCUGCAAGACGAGAUUCAGGUGCUGCAGAAGGAGGCGGGGCUUCUGAACCAGACCAAUGACGAUGAGCUGACUGAGGACGCCGCCGGCCGUCUGGAGGAGGCGGAGUCUAGACUACAGCGUCUCAGAGGGAUCAACCUGACAGCCGCCAGGUCGGCAGCCAAUCAGGAGCUCAGCCUCUCCCAGGCUCUGCUCCGCUCGCUGCAGAUGGACUUUCUGUCCAGGUCGCCUGCAGGUGAAGACAGGCUCCGCCCACUCAGCGACUCCCUGGGCGUUGCCAUGACAACGCUGCAGCAUGCGCGAGUUCCUCUUGGCGAGGCGGCAGAGCGAAACUCAGAGACAGAGAAGCUCCUUGAUGCUGCAGGCACUCUGCAGCGCCACCUUCAGGCGGCCCGGCAGAACCUGAGUUCUGCACUGGUGUCGGUUCACAAGCUGAUGGAGGACGGUCAGACGUUGCAGGAGGAUGCCGUCAGUCUGAGCGCCCAACUGACCAACCGCAGCGCGCAGGUGGAGCUGCUGGCCAGCCAGCUGGACCAGCUGCGUCCGGCGCUCAGGAAACACGUGGAAGUUUUGCUGAUCGGCCUGAAAACCAACAGCGCUCUGGAAAGCGUUCACCGAGCCGAAGGCCACGCCCACCAGCUGCAGAGCCACGCCCACUCGCUGCAUAGCUCCAUGAUGUCAGUGGUCAACGGGUCCCAAAGCCUCGCUCCCUCGGCGCUCCUGGAUGAUGACGUCAUCCAUCGGGUUGGCUCCGCCCACAAGGAAGCUGGAUCAGGCCUGAUCGCCGCCUCGCUCGCCCUCCACCUGACCGGCCAAUCGGAGCGGACGCUGGCAGCGGAGGGCGGAGUCAGGCUGAAGGUUUCCUCCAGGGUCCUAGAGGAGAGUCGGCAGGUCAACGCCAUGGCUGAAGAACCCAUCCCUUCUAGAAACAGCCAGAAAACAUCAGCAGCUCAUCAAAAUGUCUUCCUGUCCUCAGAGACGCAGGCCAGUGUUUCCAUGGCAACCACCAAACUGCAACUGGCCAGAGACGGCGUGGAGAACUGCAGCCGUCUGCUCCAUCAGCCAAUCAGAGAGCUGCAGCAGCUUCCUCCAGGUUCCUCCAGGCUGGCUCAGCUCCAGGCUGAACAGGCUCGCUCCGGGCUGCAGGGGGCGCUGCUGAGGCUGCAGGGACUCCGGCUGCAGCUGCAGAACUCUUCUUCUGUGGUGGGAAAGACCCACAUCACAGUGAGGGAGACCAACGGCUUGAUGGGUCGGGCCCAGGCUACAGCCAAUGAGGUGCAGCGCAGGCUGGAGGAGGCGGAGCAUCGCACACAGCAGCUGUUGGAGAGACUGAAGCCGCUGAGCAUGCUGGGAGAAACCCUGAGCAGGAAUCUGUCGGACAUCAGAGAACUGAUCGAUCAGGCCAGAAGACAGGCGGCGUCGAUAAAGGUAGCGGUCCAGGCAGACAGAAACUGCGUCCGAUCCUACAAACCGCCGGUUCAGUCCAGCAACGUCAACACUAUGAGUCUGGUUCUGAAGACUUCCCGUCCAACCAACCUGCUGUUCUACCUGGGCAGCAACACCACAGUGGACUUCCUGGCAGUAGAGAUGCAUCAUGGGAAGGUUUCCUUGCUGUGGAACCUGGGUUCUGGAACAACCCGACUGCAGUUUCCUGAAACAGACAUCGCCAACAACCGAUGGACCAAAAUCAACGCUACGCGGUUCGGGGCGCACGCCGCUCUGUCCGUCCGACAGCUGGACUCUGGGUCGGCUCCUCUGCCAGCAGUGACGUCCUCUUCUCCAGGAUCAUCGCGAGUUUUGGACAUUGACAGAAACACGGUGAUUCACAUCGGAGGAAUGGGAGCUCUCACUCAGCGUCCUGCGGGGCUGCACUCGUCCUCCUUCCAGGGAUGCCUGGGGGAAGCUUCGCUGAACGAGCGGAACAUCGGCCUGUGGAGCUACGUCAGUCGGGAGGGCCGGUGUGGAGGCUGCUUCAGCAGUCCCCAAGCAGAGGAGACAUCUUUCUACUUUGAUGGCUCAGGGUUCUCUGUGGUCCAGAAGUCUCUGAAAGCCACAUCCACCUCCGUUGUCCUGCUGUUUAAGACUCUGUCUCCAGGUGGACUGCUGCUCUACCUGGCCUCCAACAACACGAGGGACUUCCUGUCUCUAGAACUGGUUGAGGGUCAUGUCCGUCUGGCGUUUGACCUGGGCUCGGGGGCUCUGGUCCAGACCUCCAACAGGAAGUACAACACUGGAGUUUGGUUCAAGGUCACCCUGCAGAGGAACAAGCGCAAAGGUUACCUGUCCGUCAUGGCGGCAGGCCAAUCAUCGGAGAAGGAGGUUUUGGAGGCUGAGUCUCCAGGAACCGCUUCGGACCUGAACCGCUAUGACCUGGACCCCAUCUACAUCGGAGGGUUUCCUUCAUCCAGAGCGAUCAGGCGACAGGUGGUGUCCCGGGCAUACGUUGGCUGUAUAAAGAAUGUGGAGAUUGCUCGUUCGAACUUUGACCUGCUGAGGGACGCAUUCGGAGUCCGGAAGGGUUGCGUUCUGAAGGCGGUGCGGAGCGUCUCUCUGUUGUCUGGAGGUUUCGUCCAGAUCGCUCCUCCAUCAUUCGCUCAGGAGGCGGAGCUUCUCUUUACCUUCUCCUCCAACAACCAAUCAGGAGUGUUGUUGGCGGCCUUCAGUGACGACCGAGCGGACAGACAGUACUUCCUGUCCCUUCACCUGGUCUCAGGUGGUGUGGAGGCGGAGCUUGGGGACGUGGGCGGAGCCACUCGGAAGGUUAAAGUAUUGAAGUCUGGAGGAGGAUCAUUCGGUGAUGGAAGCGAACACUCAGUUAUUAUGACUGUCAACAGGAAGUCUCUGUCCCUCCAGGUGGACGAUGAGCACCUGAAAUCGGCAUCUCUGAUGCUUGGAGGCUUUUCUCGGCUGACCCCAUCCUCUCUCUUUAUUGGUGGGCUCCCGCCAGAGAAGGAGUCCCGUCUGCCAAUCAGAUUGCGAGUUUCAUCCCAGAGCUUCAGAGGCUGCAUCCAUCACCUGGUGGUGGGCGGAGCGCUUGUGGACCUAUCGGUUGCAGUCAGGUACAAGGGGGCGGAGCUUAACAGCUGCCUGUUGGAGCAGAGCACGGCGGGGGCUGUGCUACCUGAUGACCCGGACGUUGAGUCGACACCUGCACUCCUGUCUUUAACUCCGCCCACACACCUGAGCGCCCUGACAGCUGCAGCGCUAACAUGUGCGACGGAGCAGGAAGCAUCCUUCCUGCCGUCGGCGGCGCAGUUUGGUUCGUCCAGCCACAGUCACAUGACCUUCCUCAUCAACCCCGGCGCCUUCAGGAAGAGUGUGUCGGUGAGGUUGUCGGUUCGAAGCCGGGCUCUGGACGGCCUCAUGCUCCUCCUGUCCGACGCCAAGCAGAUGGACUUUGUCGUCCUUGGUCUGAGAGGGGGACGGGUCAGGCUGUCUGCCGACCUGGGGAAAGGCCCUGCCUCCGUCCUGUCCACCGCCGUCAACGAUGGACACUGGCACUCUGUGAGCGCCGAGGUGAGCCGGAGGUCUGUGUCCCUGACGGUGGACGGCUCCCGUCCCGCCACCGCCUCAAUCAAAGGGAACCACAUGGACGUGGACAGGAUGCUGUUCCUCGGAGGGCUACCUGCCGGUGUGAACGGCAGGAGGAUCGGCGUCAGCAGCAGUCUCCAAGGUUGUCUUCGGUCUGUCAGUCUCAACGGUACCAUAUUGGAUUUGUCCAAGCCGUUCUCACAGCAUGAUGUCACUUCCUGCUUCACCAAGGAUCAGACAGGAAGUUAUUUCAACGGCAGUGGACACGCUGAGCUCAUGCAUGAUGGGUAUAAGGUCGGCGCUGACAUGGCGGUGUCUCUGGAGUUCCGGACCAGCCAAUCAGAAGGCGUCGUCCUGGGCAUCAGCAGCGCCAAGGUGGACGCCGUCGGCCUGGAGAUGGUGGACGGACAGGUGGUGUUCAAUGUGAACAACGGGGCGGGCCGCGUGGCGCUGCGCUCCACGGGCCCCGUGCUCUGCGACGGACUCUGGCACCACCUGGUGGCCAGAAAGACGAAGCACGGCCUGACGCUGCGCGUGGACGGGACACAGUACAGCGCCGCUAACCCCUACCCACAAUCCACCUCUGCCGAGACCAACAACCCCGUCUAUCUGGGCGGGGUUCCAGCCGGCGUGAAGCAGAACUGCCUGAGCGUCCGCUCCGGGUUCAGAGGUUGCCUAAGGAACCUGCGGCUCGCCCGCUCUCACCUGAACCUCCCUCUCCACCUCAGCUCCGCCCACUUCCUGUCGGGUGUCACGCCGGACUCCUGCCCUGCCUCGUAGUGAUUGUUGCCGUGGUGACGUCAUCUCAGGUUGAUUUUAUUAAAGCUGAUGUCAUCAUGAUGUAAUCAGACAAACAAAUAAACCAGAG